GUUCCCAAUUUAGUAAAAGGAGUACACAUGUUGGUAAAAAAACCGGACGGAUCUCCAUUUAAAGAAAAUGAUUCAUUUUGGGUUAUGGAUACAACAAAUAAUAUCAUAUUUGCUGUAUGGACAUACUACAAACAAGAAAUUUUUUUAAAGAAGAUAUCCCAGAAUUUUGUCAGCAGAAAGACUCAGAAAUUGAAGAUAAUGUUACUACAAUAGUAACCAAAAAUCUUUCUUGUGAUAAAUAUGGAGAACAUGCUACAUGGGAACAUGCGGCAAUUAUGCUUCUCUUUUCAUUACGAAAAGAGAACGAUGAUUUAUUUAAAAGCGAUAAAAUCAGAAAUGAUGUUGCAUGGAAGAAGAUUGCCGAAUCUUUUAGAGAAAAAGGUUACAUGUAUACUACCAAGCAAAUAGAAAAUAAAUGGAAAAAUUUACGAAAAAAUUAUAUGAAAGUAAAAGAUAAUAAUAGUAAAUCUGGAGCACCAUUAAAAACAUGUAAAUAUUUUGACGAAAUGGAAGAAGUGUACGGAACAUCUCCUAGUGUGCAACCUGUGGCUGUUGCUUCAAAUCUUUCAGAAAAAGAUGUGUUUCUCUCGACAGAUGAAGAAGAAAAACUUGAUGAAGAUAUUACAGUGCCUUUAAAGAAAAGUAAGAUAGAAAAACAAAUGGAAAUGUGGACAAAAUAUUUUGACGAAAAGAUUGCCAAAAGUUCGAGACCACCUAAAUAA